GGCCGGCGCUCAGUGGAGGAGCCGGGCGAGCUCUGAUUGGCCGAGGCGAAGGCAUUUAUUCCCUGACAAGCCCCCCAUCACAUGGAUGGUUGUCUAUUAACUUGUUCAAAAAAGUAUCAGGAGUUGUCAAGGCAGAGAGAGAGAGAGAGAGAGAGAGAAAGGCGAGGAGAGAGAGAGAGAAAAAGAAAGAAAGAGUUUGGGAAGAAAGAAAGAAAACAAAACAAAACAAAACAGGGGGGAAACAGAGACUUUUCCCCUCUAUUUUCCUCCCUUUGCGGGCUCUUUAAGACUUAAGAGCUCCCGAAAGAAAGAAAGAAAGAAAGAAAGGAAGGAAGGAAGGAAGGAAGGAAGGAAGGAAGGAAGGAAGGAAGGAAGGAAGGAAGGAAGGAAGGAAGGAAGGGGGCGCCGAGUGAAGAGAAAGAAUAGGGGAGACGGAAGAAGAAGAAGUUUUCUCCAGCAGGACUUUCUCCCAGGCGCCUUUGUUAUGAUUCUCCUGGAGUAGCCUGAGAGUAGCCACCCGAAGAAGGAAGGAAGGAAAGAAGGAAGGAAGGCCGCUGUUGAGAGAGAGAGAGGAAGAGGAAGAGAAGAGGAAGAGGCUGGUCGGUGAAGGGAGGCUCUGCUGCUUGGGGGGGGCAGCCUCUCCUUCCCUCCCUCCGACCCUCCCUCCCCAGGAGCCCGACUUCUGACUUUUCCUGCCUCGUUGGCUUCCUUCCUUGACUGUGUGUUUGGCUGCCCCUCUGCCCGCUUCCCCUCCUCGUCGUUCCCCUCCUUGGGGUGUUGGGCCUCUUCUCCCCUUGGCCGCCAUGUACAACAUGAUGGACACGGAGCUGAAGGCCGCGGCCCCGCAGGCGACGGCCACGGCGGGCGGCGGCGGCGGCGGGAACAACGGCGUGUCCGGCGGCGCCAACAGCCAGAAGAACAGCCCGGACCGGGUGAAGCGCCCCAUGAACGCCUUCAUGGUGUGGUCCCGCGGGCAGCGGCGGAAGAUGGCGCAGGAGAACCCCAAGAUGCACAACUCGGAGAUCUCGAAGCGGCUGGGCGCGGAGUGGAAGCUGCUCUCGGAGGCGGAGAAGCGGCCCUUCAUCGACGAGGCCAAGCGGCUGCGCGCCCUGCACAUGAAGGAGCACCCGGAUUAUAAAUACCGCCCGCGGCGGAAGACCAAGACGCUGCUCAAGAAGGACAAGUACACGCUGCCGGGCGGGCUGCUGGCGGCGGCGGCGGGCUCGGGCGGGCUGGGCGGCGGGGUGGGCGUCGCGGGCUCGGCGCUGGGGCCCGGCGGGUGCGCCCAGCAGCGCAUGGACGGCUACGCGGCGCACAUGAACGGCUGGUCCAACGGCGGCUACGGGAUGAUGCAGGAGCAGCUGGGCUACUCGCAGCACCCGGGGCUCAACGCCCACGCCGCCGCCGCCGCCGCCGCCGCGCAGAUGCAGCCCAUGCACCGCUACGACGUGAGCGCCCUCCAGCAGUACGGCGCCCAGCCCUACAUGAACGGCUCGCCGGGCUACGGCGCCAUGCCCACCGCCGCCUCCUACGCCCAGCAAGGCGGCUCCUCCGCGCCUCCCGGGGCCAUGCCGCUCUCCGCCAUGGGGCCCGUGGUCAAGAGCGAGGCCAGCUCCUCCAGCCCCCCCGUGGGCAGCGCCUCCGCCCACGCGCGCGCCCCCUGCCAGGCCGGGGACCUCCGGGACAUGAUCAGCAUGUACCUCCCCGCCGCCGAGGCGCCCGAGCCCGGCAGCGCCAGCAGACUCCACCUGGGGCCCCACUACCAGGGCGCCGGGGGGCCCGGGGCCGCCCUCAACGGCACGCUCCCGCUCUCCCACAUGUGAGCCUCCCAUGCCCCCCACUCACCCACCCACCCCCACGCUCCCCUCCCGGGGCGGACG